AUGAGAAAUAUAUUGAAGCACUUUAAUAUUUUGAAUAUAUCAGCUGAAGAUAAUCCUUUUAUAACUUUAAAUUUGUUAAUAGCAGAUUGUAAAGAUAUUUCUAAUAAUAAUGAGUUUUACGAUGAAACUUUAUGUGUUGCAAUACUUGAUAAUAUAAUUAGUGAAAAGGAAUUAAAAACAUUUUUUUCGAAGUUUGGAAGAAUUAAAUCUUUCAAUAUUUUAGAACGAAAGCAUUUAUCAACAAACUUUAAAAAUUUUGUUUUUUGUGUAUAUAUAACAUAUGAAGAGAAAAAUAUAAUAGAGAAUAUUUUGUCCUAUAGUGUUCAUAUAAAUGACUAUUUCAAACAAAAAAAUCAAGCUCCCUUUAUUAUAAAUUUUGAAAAAAAAAAUUUUUUAUACUUUGUAAAAAAAUAUUAUGAUAACUAUUAUAAUUUAUAUAACGGGAGAAAAAUAAUUAUUAAUGAUAUUUUAAAUUUAUGUAAAGAAAACAAAGUAAAAAAAAAGUUAGAUGUAGUAGAUGAAGAUGGGUUUACAGUUGUUCAAAGAAGUUCAGACAAACCAGAAUUUAUGAAUUCUAUAUUUUCUUCAAAAAACGAAAAAUUUAACUAUUUUAAAAAAAAAAAGAAAAAAAAAGUUCAUGAGAAUUUUUAUUUAUUUAGAAAAAAAGAAAAUUUUAAAAAUACAAAUGAUACAUUUAAAAAAAAAAAAAUAAACAUAAAAAAAAAAAUGAUAAAAAAAAAUUAA